AUGCAGCACUCGAAGCUGCUUCCCCUGCAGCGCACACCUGAGGGGGCAGAUUUCUGCCUCUCUGAGGCAGGGGAUGAAGCUCGGCUUCUUCAGUGCAGGCUGGUGGUCUAUGCUCUGCUGGGGCUGGGAUCCUUCCUGGAGGAGGGGCUGUGCCUGCCCUGUCCCCCCACCUGCCAGUGCUACGAUACCUCCAAAGUCUUCUGCUCGGAGGAGAGGAUGCAGGAGAUCCCGGUGGGCCUGCCAGGGAAUGCCACCCAGCUCUUUUUUGUGGAGACAGCCCUGAGCAGCAUCCGCAGUGGGGCCCUGGGCUCCAGCACCACCCUCACCAAGCUGGUCUUCCUCAACAACAACAUCCAGGAGCUGCAGGCUGGUGCCUUUAGGGGGUUGCCCAGCCUCACUGAGCUGGAGGUGUCAGGCAAUCCUUUGCUGGCAGUCAGCCCGGGGGUGCUGGUGGGGCUGUCCAACCUCAGCAAGCUCUCCCUGGGUGCCAAUGCCAUCCGCUCCCUGCAGCCGGGGCUCUUCACCGCUGCCUGCCACCUGCAGGACCUACGUUUGCCAGGGAACAAGAUCGAGGCACUGCCCUCUGGCAUCUUCCACCCGCUCCGCCACCUCCAGACCCUGGACCUCUCUCAGAACAUGCUGUCUGAGCUGCCAGAUGGGCUUCUGGCCCCCCUCACCGUCCUCCGCUUCCUCAAGCUCAGCAACAACCAGCUGGUGCAGGUGCCCCCCGGUGCUUUUGGGGCACUGGGCCAGCUGGCUGAGCUCCACCUGGAUGGCAACCAGCUGGAGGAGCUGCCAGGAGGUGCCUUUGCUGGUGCUUUUGUUGUUCGGGGGGAGCUGCAGCGGCUGCAGCUGCAGCACAACGCCCUGGGCAGCCUGGCCCCCGAGAUCUUUGCUGGUCUCCACAACCUCACUGUCCUCAGCCUGGAGGGCAACCGCCUGGCCACUCUGUCUACUGCCCUCUUUGCCAACACCCCUCACCUCCUCCACCUCUCGCUGGCUCGCAACAGGCUGGAGAUGCUGCCUCAGGGGCUCUUUGCCAACCUGUCAGCUCUGCAGACCCUGGUGCUGUCGCACAACGCCAUAGUCCACCUCCACACCGAGGUUUUCGAGGGACUAUCAGGGCUGGUGAUGUUGCAGGUGAGCUACAACAACAUCUCUAUCCUGCCAGCUGGGCUGCUGGAUGGGAUGCCCCUCCUCACCUCCCUGGCCCUGGACCACAACAGCCUGGCCCACCUGCCUCUGGGACUCUUUGAUGCCAACGAGCAGCUGGUGCGUGUGGAGCUCGCCCACAACCCCUGGGCCUGCGACUGCCACCUGGCCUAUCUCCUGGGCUGGCUCCAGGACUUUGCUGAGCCCCUCAUCCAUGCACAAGCCUCCUGUGCCAGCCCAGCCACUCUGCGGGGCAGGUCCCUGCUGGAGGUCCCCCAGAGGCAGCAGGAGUGCCCAGGAGUGCCUGGCGUUCCCCUUGAGGAGCCAAGGGAGGAUGCUCCAGGGCAGUGCACCUACAGCAAUCCUGAAGGCACCAUGAGUGUAGCUUGUGAUGCCACCAGCUGCCAGCAGCUCAGCCUUCAGCUCCCUCCUCUUCCCAGGCAAGCAGCCGGGCCAGGGCCGGGGUACCAGGGCGCCUGGGUGCUGCGCUCCCGCUGCGGCUCCCUGCGGGUCAGCGUCCUCAUCACAGCACAGGGGGAGGAUGAAACCACUUUGCCAGGUCUUCCUGCUGCACCCUAG